UUUUUUUUUAUACAUCUCUCUUUUUUUUGUUUCACCUUCUUUUGAUUUAUAUUACUUUCGUGGAGUUCAGUGUUCAAUGUUCAUACAAAUUUGUUCUUCUAUUGAUUGGCAUUUUCUUUAAAAUAAUGAGUCAAAAUUUUUGUAAAACGAUGAUCAAACCACGGUAAUUGUGAAAAUAAAGUGUCGUUCAGUCAUUACGAAUAAUAGCGUACAUUAUUCCCUGGUCUAUUCCAUUGUGCCAGACGCAUUAUCAUCAUAUUGAUUAAACACCGUCGAAACCUAUUGAGGUGAUUACACUUACAGCUAUGUGCAUUAUGGAUUUUAUUUACUAUACGCAGUUGUUUUUCGUAGACGUAUAUUGCUAAAUUUGUGUACUAGUUUUAUUUAUUCUAGGUUUGAAAAUCUACACAAAAUGAUUGAUUUGACCAUUAAGACGUUAGAUUCACAGAAUCACACAUUUAGUGUUCCUGAUGCUGUAAGUUCUACAUUUGUUAUAUGUUCACAAAUAUUUAUUCUUAUUUGUUUUUUUUAUGUUAAAUUAUAUUGUGUAAUUAGUUCACUAUACUGGAACUCAAGGAACACAUUGCUGACAAAGUGAAUGUCCCAGUAAUACAACAACGUUUAAUAUUUUGUGGUCGCGUUUUAAGUAAUGAAACUAAACUUGCUGAUAUUGGUAAGGUUUUAUUUAUAAUUUAAAUACAUUUUCUUAUAAUUUAGAUCUAAUAUUCGUAUAAGUUUUAGAAUAUUUGUUAAUUCUAUAAUAAAAUUAACACUACAUUUUUUUGAAAAUUAUUUAAAAAUAAUAAUGUGUUCGAAAAUGUGUACGUAGUAUUUGUUUAUGGGGAGUUAAGUUUACAGAGUGAAUAACUUGUAUAAAAAUCAAAUUUCUCCAAAUCUAAUCUAACCGAAUGAUGGUAGACUAGGACUUAAUUGAUUUACAAUAAUAAUAGUAUUUUUAAUAUAACCUUUAAAUUUGUUUUAACUUAGUUUUUGUGUCUGUUCUGGACAAAUAUAUACAUAGUUAUGUAAUGGUUAAAUUUUGUAUAUGAACCAGUGGAUUGUUACAUUUAUAGUUUUUACACUGACUUUCAAUUAGUGUUUUUCUAUAAAUCCCUGUGAAAGUGGCUUUUACCACAAUUAAUGGUCAUCAGUUUUGCCUUUACCACAAUCACUAGUCUCAAGUUUUUUGCAAUACUUGUAUUUAAUCAUAUAAGCUCUUGUUUUGACCUUCCCAGUUCUUAAUCUGCAUAGUGUAUCCGAAAGGGAGGGUAGGUUUGCAUCAAGUGGUGAAUAUUCAGCAGGUAUCUCGCCCUCUAUUCUUCUUUCUCUAUAAUCAGAUUUGUUCUUCGAUAUUUUCGGUUGAACACAUUAUGAAAUGUUUCAAUUUUUAAGAUUUUUUUAAAUAUUUUAAUAACAAAAUUUAAAAAAAAAUUAUUAUAUUAUAUUUAAUUUUUUUUUUUAUUACUUAAUACAACUUGUUAUUUUCCUCAGGUUAAAAUUUUGUUAGGUGACAUAGUUGUGUCAUAGGACAUAUAACCUGAUGGGCAUCGGGGUAAUUAAGAGUGCUAACAUUGUAAUUUUAAUACAGGUAUUAUAUUUUUAAGGGAAAAUAUAAUAUAAUACGUCAGGCUAAUAUCGAUACUUUAAAUAUUUAUGGUUUAUUUCAUAAGAAUAAUUGUAUGAAUGUUAGGUCUGCGUUUACUGAUAUCCUAAACUAUACAGUACAUUGAGUUGAGUUUUCAAACGUACCUAUUAACCAUGGAGUAUAAGUUGUAUAAAUAGUGAUUUUAUAUGAAUAAUUGUUUUCUCUUAUGAGUGAAAAUCAAUUUUAUAUUACACUACAUAUUAACCCCUUAUACAGUGAGAUGUAUUAUUUAGUUAUAAUCAUUUUUUAAUAGAAUUAAGAGAAUUCCUUAUUGUAUUAUUGAAUAUUGUAAAAGAAUUAUUUUAAUAUAAUUUUACAAGUAAUUAAAUUGGUAGUAGGUAGUUUGUAAGUCAUUUAUCGUUUAGAUUAGGUUUUUUAUGUUUACACUAAAUUUACUAUAAAUUUAACAUAAAUUACAUUGUAUUAUUUAGUAUUUAAAUAUCCAUGAGGUUUGUUAAUAAAGUUCCAGUACUGUUAGAAUUAUGUGCCAAUGGCACAUCCGAGGACAGUAGGAUUGAUGUCACUGGCUUCUCCUGAGCUCAUCUGUUUUUGUAGGCAGUCUAUGACCUUUGUUUUGAUGUCAUCAAUUAUUUUAUAAAUUAUAUUUUUUUGCAUUUGGCGAUUUUGUAAUAAAUCUAAAAGAAGAGUUUUUAAUCCAGUUAGUGCAUUGAGAAGGUCAUGAUUUUAUUUUCUUGUCUCAGCUUUAUAUAAUUAGUUUAAAUGGACUUAUGAUUAUUUUGCUGAGUAGUUGACAAUAUUCUAUGUUACAAAAAAAUAUGGCUUAUAUAUAAAAUAAGUAGUUUACUUAUGUUAAGUAAAAGUUAUCAUUGCUGAGCCUACAUUAGUACUACAAGUAAUAGAGGUUAGGUUAUAGGCAUAGAUAUGAUUAAUAACUGGUAGUUUUAGUGGAAAAUUUCUGGUUCUUUUAUGAAAUAAAAUAUAUACAUAUUUUUGUAAUAGGUAUUCAUGGAAAAGUUAUGCAUCUUGUUCAAAAAGCUCCACGUUUGACAACUACUACAUCUGGAUCAUCAUCAUCUACAACAACAAAUACUAACAGUCGUCCAGGUCAAAAUAAUGGCCAUGGGUUUAGAGGAUGGCAUGCAUAUGAUCCAACUGUUUUAUUUAGUGCCAUUGGUAUUCCUUCGGAAAUUAUAAAUCCUGGAACUGGAGGUAAUAUUUAAAUAUGCAUAUGUUUGUUGCACUAGUAUUUGUUGUUUAAAUUUCAAUCAAAAUAAUGGACAUAAUAUGCCCAUUAUGUCAUUGGUCAUGGUAAAGAAGGGCACAAGUCAAUUUUUUAUAGUUUUUAAUAUAAAUAAAUUAAAUAUUAAAAAUAUAUACACUUAAAUACAGAUUAUUAUAUAAUACAUAUGAUAAAAUUAAAAAUAAAAUAAAUGCAAAAAAUUGGAUUAAGCCCUUCUUCUUGAGAAAAAGAUAUAAAAAUAAUAAAGUUAUUUUAUAAACAAUUUAAUAGAUAUUUAUAUUUUGUAACUGGUAUUAAAUUUAAAAAAAAAAUGUUUGUUUUGGGAUACUGCAUUACACUAUUUACCUAGGUUUUGGUAUUUUAUUCAGUCUUUAGUUAAAAAAAUUGUUUGCAAAUUUUAAUGGCCAGAAAACAAAUUAUAAAUUUUUGUUUGAAUUUACUAUCUUUUUAUGUACAUAAAAUAAUAGUAAUGUAAUUAAUUAAGUGUCUUACUUAGAAAAUUAUAAAAAGGCUACUAGGAAACUAACAAUUUUAAUUUAAUAUGUUGGAUUAUAUUUUCAUUUGUCUUAGAAUCGCCACGAAUCAUAAAUCCUAGAAACACUCAGAUGUAUAACAGAAUAUCAUUUGCUCUUGAUAUGGUACGUAAAGCCCAUGAAAUAUUAAAUAGACUUGAAACUAUACAAAGCAAUGAACCUACAUCAACUGAUGGAGAACAAGAACCAGAAGGGUCACAAGAAGCGGAGGCUACAUUAGGAAGUGUACCACCAGAAUUAUCUACACCACCAACACAAACAGCGGAUCCUGAAGUUAACGUGUAUGUAAAAAUGAAUAUACAACUAUUAAUUUUAUUAUUUAUUGUAUAAUCAGUGGACAAUAGCCAUUUACAAAAUAUAAAAAUAUAAUAAAAAAUAAGACAACAGCCAAACAACUUAUAUAAAUAAUAAUUAAACAUGUCAGUAAUAUUUUAUAAUUAAAUGUGACUAAAAAAAUUGCAGACUAAAUAAAAAAAUGAUAGUACAAAAUUUCAAUAAUGUUUUAACAAUUUAAUGUAUAAAAAAAUAAUUAUCAUUUAAAAUUUUAUGUUUGUAUUAGAGUUUAAAAUUUGAUAGUACAGUAAUUGGUUUGGAAAUAUGCAAAAUGAAAACAAAUUAUAAUAUAAGUGUUAUCUAUGUCAGUAGUUCUCACUUUUUUUUUUUAGGACAGCACCCUUAUUUAGAUCAAUAAUGCCACCAUUCAUAUUUUAGAUUCGGAUCAGAGUGAAAAAAUCUUGAUAUAUCUAUGUGUGUGUUUUUUUUCAUCUAUAUGCAACUUUUCUGUCAGAAAUCUUGCUCCAAUGUGUCAAGUGUGAGCUCAAUGUUGUGACUAGAUAUAGAUAAAAGAUAACUGCUUUAAUAUUAUCUAGAUUAAGAAGAUGAAAUGUAUUUUAAAUAUCUCAGAUAAGAUUAAAUCCAUGCACAAUUUAUCUAGAUUAAAAGAAAAGAAGAAAAUUUAAAUAUUUACAAUUAUUUCAUGUAAAAAAUUUAUAUUGUAUUGAAUGACCGACCUUACAAAAUAAAAUGUAUGUUUAAGAAACAAUUUAACUUUUAAGCAUUCUAAUACCAAAUAUAAUUCUUCUAAACAAAAAUCACUCUUUAUUGAUAGGUAAUAAUAUAAAAAAUCUCAAAUUAAAAUUUUACAUGUAUAAUGUAAAUUAUUAAAUUAAUUAAUAGUAUUUAAUAAUAAUUUAGUUAAAUAAUUAAUAAUACUAAUAAAUAAUUUUCUUGGAUGAUUUACUUAUUUUAUCUGGAUAAUUACUAAAAAGAUAAUGAUUAAUGAUUUUUGUCUUAGAUAAUCCUUAGAACCUUAUCAACAUUAUCUAAAUAAUAUGUAAAUGAAAUAUUUAGAUAAGUCUCAACACUAAGUGUGAUACUUUUUCUGAAAGGAAAUUGUUAACCUAAGUUGUGCAUUGGGGAGGACAUUUUUCGAUUUUUUCUAGAGGUUUUCAUAAUAGAAAAACCGGAAAAAAAAUUGAUCUUAGGAGUGGCAAAUAUUUGUCGCACUGGCAAUACCAAUUUCAUUGUUUUUAAUUUGUACGCAAUGUUUUUUACCAGAAAUAUUGCUUUAGUCAAACAUUCCCAGGAACCAUUUUUGUUGCAUUUUGGAUCGAGUUGGUGAGGAAGUGUUUUGAUUUUUGGUUGUCUAAGUAGUUUUUAUGAUAAUUUAAAAAAAUACAAAAUUGAAAUCUCAUAAGAAAGUCGUUAUUUGAUUUUCUUUGUAGUUUUUUUAACAAUUGAGCAAAACCAGAAAAACGUUAAAAGAACAGGAUAGUUGAAGGAAUUAAUGGUUUUUUGUUUGGUAGGUACUAUGUGGAUGUAAUUGUUUGACCAAACAAAAAUAAAAUGCAUGAAAAUUUCAUAAGGUUCAUUAUAAUUUGUAUAAAAAAAAAUUAGUCUAAUGCUGUAAUUUUUUUAUAAUUGUUUUAAGAUCAAAUAUUGAAGAAAAUCGUAAAUAUUACAACCUUACAAAUCAUAUAUAAGAUGAUUUAUCUAGAAACGUUUUCCAUUGACAAUGAUUUAUUGUUCCUUACAGAUAUAAAUUAAAUAAUUUGAUUUAUUAUCAUACAUCAAAUUAUUUAUUAUUAGUUAUCACUUCUCAAACACAACAGUGAAGUAUCAAGAUUUUUUUCAUUUAAUUGACCAUGUUUAUUUGCUCAUUACCAUUGUUAUAAACUCAAAUUAAAUUUCUUUGAUAAAACAUCACAAGAUCUAUAUUAUGUUUAGAGGAGUAAUUAAUAAUUUAGUCGCUAUUGUUUUUUAAAACUUAUUUACAGCAAAUUUGUUAUUAUUAUUUUAAUAGUUCUGUAUUUUGCAAUGAUUAGAAAUAAUAAUAAUAAUAAUUAUAACCCAAUACUUACUAUCAAUGCAUAUACAAAUUUGAUAUUCCUGCUGUGAUGUGCUGUGUUUAUGUAGUUUAUAAAAUAAAUGUAAUUUUUAAUGAUAUAGAAUAAAAAAGUUUUCAUAUGUUUAAAUUAUUAUUUUUUUCGUUACAUAUGAAAAUACACAAAUUAAAAAAAAUAUUUUAACAUUCAAUAUAAUAUAAUAUUUUUCGGUGUAUGUUUUUUUUUUUUUUUUAAUGAAAAUUGUUAUAAUGAAUAAUUUUAAAUUAUUUAAAGAUAAAGAGCAAUUUUUAUAUUAUUUAUUAUUCUUAGGAGCUAUGAAGUAGAUGAUACAUUCCCAAAUACUGUUGUUGUUACAAUUGAUGCUACACAUCAUAUGAGAAUGUCACCUGGAUUAAUGCGCCAUAUGCAGAAUCAUUUGCACGAAGCCACUAAUUUACAAUCACCUCCUGGUUCAUCAACUGAUCAAAGUAAGCAUUUAUAUGUUAUAAUAACCUUGUUUUAUAAUAUUAAUGAUAAAAAAAUUUAAAUCAACAAUAAAAUAACUAUUUAUAUAUUAUAUUAAUAGAAAUUUUAAAAUAGUACCAUAAAUUACCAAGAACAUCCUUUUUGAUAUUCUGUAUAAAUUUUGGUAAUUUAUGUUCAAUGGUUUACGAGUUGAAGAAAAAAAAAAGCUAGAUGAUAUUUUUUCUUAUAUAACUAAACUAAAUUUAAAUAUAUAGGAUGAACUAAUUAUCAUUUGUUGAAAAUAGUUAAAAAACAGUCUCAUCAAAGAUAUUAGACUACUUAUGAGAUGCAAUAAAACAUUUUUUGAUGUACAAUUUGUAUCAAAAUAAACUGGAUAAACCCUAAAAUAAAAAUAUUUUGUGAGUUUUGGUAUCUAUUCUACCUGCUUAUAAAGUGCAGAAUUGGAGGUACACAUAUUGAAUUGUACUCACACUUCUAUGGUCAUUUACUUCUCACACUGAUCCUAUUAAAAAAUUGUGUCGCUCUUUCCUCUUUGAAAUGUAUCGCACUGCAGCCAUCUUAAAUACAAUUAUUUGUUUGUUUAGCUGUCGAAAGAGAAACAACCGCUGUUCCUGAAACAACUUCAGCCGGACCAACUAACCAAUCUUCAACAGAACAAACCACUUCUUCAAACAGACCAUCUUCUACAGUUAAUGAUCAAAGUACAAGGUUAGAAAUUAAUUUACUUAUUAAUAAAUUAUAUUAUGUUAAAUAUUUAUUAAUUAGAUAAAAAUAACUAAUCACUAAAAAUCUUCUGAAUAUAGAUCUGGCCCUACUAUUGCAAGUGAAAGACGCCGGUUAAGAGACAUAAUUGAACAACUGAAUAAAUUAAAUGCUAGACUUCAACCAUUUUUUGCUUUAUAUACCAAGUAUCUUACUGAAGAGCCUCAGGUUGAAUCUACACGGGUAUAAAAACUUUUUUUUUACAUUUUGUAUAUGAAUUCCAUGAAAAAAAAAUAGUAGUAUCAAGACUGUUGUAACUAAAGGUUUUAUUAAAUUAUAUAUAAUUAUAUAUAUAUGUUUUAAAAUAAAUUGUAAAGUUAAAUUAAAUUUACCAGAUAAAUAAACCACAUACAUUUUAUUACUCCCCCUUAAUAUUAAAUGAUUUGAUCAUACACAUUUAAAAUUUAAAAUGAUUGAAAAAAAUAUAAUGAUUUAAAAUAUAUUAACAAAUAUAAUUAAAUAUAAAAAUAUUUAAAUACAAUUAUAUCUAUUUCCUUGUAUAAACAUUAAAUAUCUGGACAUGCCUUGUGCGUAAAUUACUUUAUUUAUUUUAUUUAUUUAUUUAAUUAAUUGCUAUGAAUUCUAUAAACAUUUAAUGCUAAUUUUGUGUUAGACAAAGAAAAUAAAUCAAUGUUUGUUAUCUCAAAUUGUUAAUUACAAUUUGUUUUUUUUUUAUUAAAAAUUAUGUUAAAUUUUUAUUUUAGAGUGAACGUGGAUCACCUAAUGCACAAGUUGUGUUCAAUUGUGUAUCUGAAGUGUUGCAUUAUAUAUCACAUAUUAAUCAUUUACUUAGUGAUUUAAGAAUGACAUUUAGUAGACAGCCAAAUCGUAAUAUGCAUCCUCGCCAGUAUCUGAUGCAAGGAACUAUUUUACAUACUGCACAUUCAUUUACUUCUACUACUACAGCUACACCGCCAUCUACUCAACAACCUACUUCAACACAAACUACUAAUACAAGUCAAUCUAUUCCUAGUGUUCGAGCCUUUAGACUUGAUUGUAAGUUAAUUUUUUUUUAUAAUUGAGUAACUGAUUCUAAUUUCAAAUAUAUUCUAUAGUUAUGAAUCCCGAAGGAAUAGGAAGUGAAAUUCCUAAUGUAUCCACUUCAGCUACUAGUACUGAGACAAAUGCAAAUGUAACAGUCGACCCAAAUACUGAAAUUACUAAUUCGUCUUCAGAAUUUUCGACAGAUAAUUCUAAUGCUCUAGCAGAACUUGUGUUUGAUAUGACACCAGGAACUAUUCACAUUGAUACUGUAGAAGCUGCAUUUAUUAAUUCAAAUUCUUCUGGAUCAAUACCACCGACUGGUGUUCCUCGUGAGUAUUUCGUUAUUCUAAAGUUAAUUGUUAUUUUAAUAAUCUUUAUGAAUUUAAAAAUAUUUUUAUUUUUAAUUUAGAAUCCUCGAGUAGUAUUGAAACGUCUAAUAACAGUAUGCCUAUUGAUUGGGUGGAUCAGAUGAUUGAUGUUAUUUCUAGUGGAGUGCGGCGUCCUUUGAUGUCUGACCAAUCAUUGGAUUGGGCUGGUAUACCAACUACUUCUACUCAAACUCCUCGUGUAACUCCACGGACAGCUAAUUCUUCAUCAACAACUAAUUCUCCUCCAUCGCAAGGUAGUGUUACAAGUAAUUAUACAUUAUAUUGGCCUUUAAAUAUUUUUAAUGUAAGACCCUAUAUAGAUCGAAAAAACUUUAGUUUUACUAGUGUCCAUCUGGUGCUUAUUGAAUUUAUUUAUUUAUUUUUCUGUGAAAAAAUGUACUACUGAUGGACAUAUUCCUUGAAGCCACAAAUGAUAUUAAUCACACUACAUUUUCAUUACUCAAUUGAUUAAAUUAAUCAGUUUUCAAGUCCAAGUUUUGGUCUAUGCAUACAUACAUUGUUAAGGUUACAUUUAUAUAUGCAUUCAUUGAUAUUAUAGUAUUUAUAUGAAGUUAAACUUUAAUUUUCUACCAUUGAUUUUAUAGUAAUAAAUUAUAAAAACAAUGGUACUAAUAAUUUACAUAAAAUAUACCUAUUAAUAUUAGCUUUUGUGUUUACAUAUAUUUUAUUAUAGGCUAUGGAUAUCGUCCUACCAUUACUAGUAUUCCUCGCGGGGACCCAUAUUUACCAUGUCAUUCACAUCAUUUCGAACCAAAUUUAAGACCAGUGGUAUUAGCAAGGCGAACCCAAGGAAAUGAAAGAAUAUUGUCAACGCCUUUUAAUAAUGCAAAUUUAGCCAAUGAGACUUCUCUACCUACAGUUUCUGAAAUGAGACCAAGUAGCCUACGACGUACAGCUCGACCAAGAACUCGCUAUGUGCAUGACAUUGAUGGAUUUAUGUCUGGUAUACAUCCUAUAUUGAAUUUUGGAAGAAAUAAUCGUUUUAACACUACUGCUGCUUCACCUGCAAGUAAUAAUACACAGCCUACUUUACUUACUAGAGGUACAAUGGAAGACAUGUCAGGUGAAAUAAGUUAUUUUAUUAAAAAACAUUUAAAAUUAAAUUAAGCAUUAUUUAUAGAAAUAGUGUUUUACUGAAAAUUCUUUAUUUUUUCAUAAGAGAUAUUAAUGAUAUUUUUCUGAAUAUACUUAGAUAAUUGAUAAGUUCAAUAUAAUUUUAUUUAAAUGUUGUAUUUAUGUGAGAACUUCAUAAUUCUUAUAUUAUUUUUUUUAUAUUUUAGCAAUAGAUAUGACAAAUAUUUUUGAAAGAUUAGAAAGGGAAGGAUUUGAUAGGGUAAGGGAAUUUCCACGACCCCUGAGAGGCUCAACAUUGGUAAGUAGUUUUGUUUACAAAUAUCAAUAAUUUGAAGAAAAAUAUUUGUAUUAUUUAUAUAAAUUUAAAAUUUUAAUUGAUUUUACAAAUAAGUUAUUUUAGAUUCUGAGUGGAGCAAAGAAUUUGUUGUUUUUACUAUGAUGUUUAUUUUUUAUUUAUUUUUCUAUGUACAACUUUUCUACCAGCAAUUUUACUCCGAUUUACAAUGAAUGCAUUUGUUUUGAAAGGAAAUCUCACUCUGGUGAUACUUUAGGGGGAGGUCUUUUUUUUUUAAACAGUUUUCCCAAUAAAUGUAAAAAUAGGUACAAUUUUAAACAAAUAUUAUUAAAGAAAAUAUUAAAUGAAUGUGUCAUUAAUUUAACAUGAUAUGACAUAUUUAUUGUUGACAAAGUAAUACUAUCAACUGAACUGUGUUUUUUUCGUGAGUAAUGAUUUAUUUUUUGCAUUCAAAUAUGUAUUAAAUUUUCCCUUUUCUACCUUCCCAACUUCUCACCUACAACAGUGGCCACCCACGUGCGAAGUAUGUUUGUCUUUCUUAUAAUUUAUUUUUCUAGUGGUUUGAGUACCUUUUUAAUUUACUGAUAAACAACCAAUUUUAUAUUUAUUUUGUUGGACUAAGUGUAGCAAUAAAUGAAUUGGUUUUAUUAUGGUUCUUUAUUUUUUUAAUUUGUUGUGAAUGAAUUAGGGGAUGGUUUCUAAACUUGUCUAUUUGAUCUAUUAGGAAAGUUAUUUUCAUUUUUUUUCUUGCGUGGGAGAGAAUGAAAAAUAUUUGAGCAAUAAACAAUCAAUUGAUACUACAAAAUUUGUACUUUCUCCAUUUAUUAGAAUAUUGGAAUGUAUAAAAUUUAUAUUCAGGUUUUAUUAAUUUGUGUAAAAAUGUAUUAGUAAUUGAAAUUAAAACUUUUCUCUUUCAAUCAAUUUUAGAUUUAGAAUACAAGUAUAUAUAUGCAUAUCAAAAUCGAAAAAAAAAAUUCCGAUACAAAAUAAUGAUACACUAUAGUUUCAUAGCAUAUAUAAUAUUUAUUAUUUUAAACUGGUAUUUUAUAAAGGUUAAAAUUAAUUUUAUAAAGGUUUAAAUUGAAUCAUUAAAUGACUCAAAUCCUUUCCUGGAACCAAAAAUAUAUUAUCCAACUAAAUAUAAAACCUAUAUUGAUAACCUAUCCUUAGUAUAAUGUAUAUCUUGUUUUUUUUUAAAUUGUAAAUACUAAGUAUAAUGUUUUAAAUUUGUUUUUGUUGGUAUUUUGUUAAGAAUAUCAAAAAGUUAUGCCUAUUCUUAUAAAAUUAGCUUUAAAUCUUAUUUUUAUGUGGUUUUAUUUUAUAGGGCUUAGAGACUACAAUAAUAUCUGUGCCUCAAUCAACUGCCCGUCAACCAAAUGAAUUGCUCCUUACACCUAUUGGUAAUAUACCAUUCUUCAGCGGUCUAGAGGGUAGUUCUGUAUUGGUGGAUUUGUUCUUGUUAAUUGCUCGUGAUUGGACAUUACAUGACUUGAUAAAUCUAAAUACAGUUGAUUUAGAAUCAUCCAUUGUACAAAAUCCAGUUUCUAGACAUUCUGGCGCAUUAGUCAAUUUUUUUUUGGAUCGAAUUAUGCGUAAUCAACCACAUACCAACCAUAAUAUUGAGGAAGCUGCUAAUCGUAUAUUUUUAGAGAUGGUGUCAUAUAUACAUGUUUUUGUAAGAAUUAAUACUAAAAUAGUUAAUUAUAUUUACUGAAACUAAUUUUUGUUCAUAAAUAUUUUAGCAAUGUUCCGUGCCAACACGUACUAAUGUAGAUUUGAAUGAAUCUUUUCGAAGAUGUAUUGUUCACAAUCUUCGUUUAAUUGCUGUUUACUGCGAUGAAAGUAAGAUUUUUAAUAAUAAAUAAUUAGUUGUAUAGUAAUGGAUUCGGAUACAUAUCCUUAAUUAUAAUACAGUCUUGCUAGUUUUAAGGUGUAAUUUUAUAUUAGGUAUAUUACACAAUUUAUAUAGGAAUUUCAAUAAUUACGUAGGGUUUAUUUUCAAUAUGCUUUUAUCUAUUACUAUAAAAUAUAUUAAUGAAUUGUCAAAAUGUAUAAAUACAUUCAUCAGGUUAAAUAAUAUUUAAUUAAAAAUAUUUGUUAAAACUGUGUAAUAAGUGCAAGGUGAUUUUAGUAUGUACACUAAUAAUCUCUAAAAGUAUUAACUUUUUUUGGAAUUCGUUUAUAGAACAUUUAAGAAACAAGCAGCUCUACAGUUUUAAUAUAACCUUAUCAGUUGACUUACAUACCCCAAUCGUAUUUUGUUUUUUGCUUUUAAUAUAUAAACCUAAUUGCACUAAUCUAAUACCAACGAUACCAUCAAUGUACAAUGGUGUAUUUCUGAUUUUUUUUAAUGUUCAGUUGGGUAGAUACAAAUUGCAUGUUAUAAAAUAUUAUUAACCAUAAUAAAAUCAUUACUAUAAUUUUGUGUUUAAACUCACAAAGAUACUACCUUGUGUCCGACUGGAAAAUGAUGACAGAAAAUAAGUACAAAAUAUUAAUAUUAAAUGAAAUUUCAGAUUACUCUUCUGUAAAUAGUUUUCUAGACCAUUAACCUAUAUUAUUUUAAUGGAGACUUGAUACUUUCACAUUUUAAAAUAAUUUUUGGAAAAGUCAACAUUUUGAUGUGUUUUUAUUUAUUAAAAAUAUUAGCCCCUCUAAAAUUCUAGUGGCUUAUAAAAACGCAGUCAAGUAAAAAAAACUAACAUCCAGUCUAAUGUAUAUUGUUAGAAUUAGCAUUAAUUACUGUUAAAAUUAGUGAGUCAUAUUUGUAACCACAUAGUAGUUUUUAAAAAUUUUAAAUACUUAAGUUAUAUACAUUUUAUUUAAGCAAGAAAUAAUAAUGAAUAAGGGACUUUUAAAGUUUAACUAAAAAUCUAGUGUUCAUAAAUUGGUUAUAAAUAAAGCGGCUAUAACUUAAAAAUAUAAUCAAAAUAAAAUUUUAAUAAAAAAAAAAAAUUGUGUUGUAGUAAUAGAAAAUUACAUUUAACGACGAGAGUGAAAAUCUUAAACUCCUCUGAAUCUUCUGUUAUUUUAAAGGAAAAAUUCUUAGGGUUUUUUUUUUUUACGAUUUUAAACGUUUUUUGUGGAUUUUAAAUGUAUAAAGUCCCGAGUCCUGGUUAUAAAUAAAAUUAUUUAAUUUAAAUGUUAACUGCACUCAAUAUCAUUAUAUUGUUCAACGCUUAUCAAUGUAUACUAAUGAAUUGAAGUUUUGAAUAUAUUAUUAAUGAAUGUUUGUAAAUAAAUACACAUGUUAAGAAAACCUUUGAUAUAAUCCAUUGUACAAAUAACUGAUACUUUUUGUACAACUUAUAAAAAGAACUUAAUUUUAUUACCAAAACUCAUUUUGUAUAUAAUACACUAAACUUAUCUAAAAUACAAAUGUUUUUUUUUUUUUUUUAGAUCGAGGUACAGCAACUAUUAAUAUUCUACCUCCAUUGAUCUUAUUUGCUGAAGCACUUAUGUCAUUAGUAGUGUAUUGCUGCAAUAACAACACUGUAUUUAGACUCUGUGUUGGUGCUUUAAUGGUAAUUAGCGCAUAUAUAUAUACACAUUAACAUUGUUUAAUCUUAAUAUAUAUAUUUUCUAUUGUAACUUAGCAAUUCUUGCCACUUCCUACACAUUUACAUCAAAUAAUUAUGGAUGAAGUACGUUUGAAUGUUGACCUAUAUUGGGAUACUAUGGCAAAUAAUCUUCAAAUAGGUUUUCCUGUAGUCGAUUUUAUAGUGCCAUUUGAUUCUAAUGAGUUUGAUGCUGCACAAACAUCAAGGGUGGUAAGUAUUGAUGUUUAUUUUUUCUAUAGUUAAGUAUUUCUCAGUUAUAAGAAUGUAUUAUUUUGUUUUGUAGGGUAAUGCGGAACGAUCUAACUCAACUCUGCCUUCUCAAGAAAUUGUCAAUGAACCUUUACCUGAAGUUGUGAUUGGAUCUCAGGAAUGGCACCAUAGUGUUCCUUCGGUAGGUUUAAAAAUAAAAUAUUAGAACAAGUAAAAUAUAAGUUAACAUUGGAUUCCACUUUGCAGGAAUGGGUACCAGUAAUAACUAGAGAUACACAACGUCAAAGACGUCAAGGGCCUCAACCUCCAUACAGUGAUGCAUAUUUAUCAGGUAUGCCCAACAAAAGGAGAAAGAUUGUGACAAAUUCUAAACCUCAAGGGCCAUUAUCACAAAUCAUAGCUAGUGAGUUAAAAAAUUAUAUAUAUAUUUUUUAAAAUUUUUAAUUAUAAAUUAACUUGAAAAACUAACUAAAGUAAGUUCAUAAUUUAUCAGUUUAUUAUGCAUUGCCAUUUUUAUUAAUUAAUCUAACGGAUAAAGUGUACAACUUGACAAUCAAAUAUGCCAAUAACAUAAAAUGGCAAUUGUAUAUUGAACAAUAUAAAUUUUAUUGGUAAUACAUAUAAAUAUUUAUGACAUAAAAAUAACCAAGUUUUCUAAAAUAUAUAAUACACUACCUUGUAUUAUUUAAAGGUAUUGUAUAAUGUAUGACCUAUAGGUAAAUAAAAUAAAUUUAAUUGUUUAUAAAAUGUGUUUAGAAAAUCUAGAGGUGGCCAUGGGUGCAGCAGGUGUAACCAUUAAUAAGGAAGUUACAGCAACUGUUGGAGCUGAUGCCGCUGUACAAAAUGCGUAUACUGAGCGUAUUAAGACACUGGGCAGAUCAGGAUUAGACACUCAUCCAGAUUUUAGUCCUGACCGUUAUCCAAAUGCUUCUAAGUUCUUUUAUGAUCGUAAUCGGCCAAAUUAAACACAUUCAUGCAAACCAAAUAACCUCCAAACAAUUCUUGGUUUUAUUUUAAUUAAUUAAUUUUUAUUUAAAACCCUUUUAGACUGACAUAUUAAAAACAGAAGAAAAACACUGAUUAUUGUUUUUAUAAUGUAUUAAAUGAUUUACUCAUUCUCAGGUUAUGCAUGAACAAAGUGUUUUAUUUUUUAUAAUUAUUAAUUACCUCUUUUAGGCUGACUAUGUCAUAAUUUUUGGUUAGAUUUUAUUGUAAGGUGUUGGCAAAAAAUGUAACAACAUUGUCAGAUAUUUAUAAUGCUUUUUAAAGUAAUAUACCUAUACAAAUUAUACAACAUGUAUUAUGUAUCUACUAAGUUAAAUAUUACUAUUUCAUUUGGAUUAUUAUCACGUAAUUAAUUCUUUAGACCAUUUAUAAUAUUGUAAGAUUAGAUAACCGAUUAUUGAUUGAUUAAUCAUUUAAAAGCAAUCUUUUUAUUUAAUAUAAAUUACCUAGAUUAAAGUUUUAUAGGUAAAUCAUUUUGGUUUCUAAAUAUUAAUAAUUAAUUAUUUUGUAUUUUUAAAAUUAUUAAACUAUAUACUUCAACAGUUGUUUUAUUUUCAUUCUAUUCACAUACAAUUCAAUAUUGUGUUUUCAUGUAGCACAUUUAUAGUUAUAUAAUUAAAAAUUAAGUUUAUAAUUUUAAAUUUAUGCAUUGAACUAAUUACACAUUAAAUGUUUUUCAAAACGAAUAGUUCAUUAAUUUAUUUCAGUAGUCUCAGCUUUCCAGUUACAUGUUUUAAUUCUUCAUCGGAUCCAAAAAAUGCAAGUGCAGUAAAUGAAUCAGGUGCAACUUCUGUUCGACCGGCAUCAUGAACACAAAAAAAAGGUAUAUUGUGUAUUCUGCCCAUUGAACACAACUUCAUUAGUUCAACAGUGUCUUUAGCUUCAACAACUAUUUUUCGACUUCUGUACAAAAUACAGAUAAAAUAUGAUGAAAAAUGACACAAUCCUCACAAGUGACAUUAUCCCUCAACCAAACACAUGGUAACUUCAUCACAAUUGCCCAAAACCCAAGACAUUAGAUUAUGUAAAUCUAGUGGAAAUAAUAUUAAGUCAGGUACCGGAUAGCUUGGUGGAAAAGCGAUUGCCCAAUAUGCUAAAGUUUCGAUUCCUUAAUAAAGGAGGCCACCCAAUUUUUAAGUUUUUUCACAUAAGAGCAGUCAUGUUAAUAUUAAUAAUUAUAGGAACAUUUAAAUAAAGCUACAUAACGCACCUGUAUUAACAUUGAUAAUUAUUUGAUUUUAAAUUGUAUUUCGUGAAGAAAUUAUUUUCUUAAGAUUUAAACAAUUUAUUUUGUCUAAGAAAAAUUGUUGACAACUAAUAAAUAAGUUUUUAUUUGAUAUAAAUUGCUUACCCUUGUUCAUUCCAUGAAAUUAAAUUAUUUGUAAGAUCUAUAUUUUCUUUCAUCAUUUCAUACAGUCCUAAAGCAGCAUGUGCAGCCUAGAAAAUUUGAAUAAGGUUACUUUGCAUUUAAUUUUUGUGUUAUUUGCAUCAUUAUUUAAAAUUCUAAUUGUGCUAUUAUAUUGAAUUACUUGUGAAGCAAUUUUCCCAAUGCCCAUAUUUAGGCCUUUGUUUAUAACAAUAACCAUUUUAUUAGUAACAGUUAUAUCUUCCCACAUUGGAUCGUCAUCAUCAUCUAGUACUGGUAAAUUUUCUGGCCUAUAGUUUGAUGAUAAUAGUUGUUCUAUAAUCAUAUUUUUAGGUACAUCUCUAGCAUUUUCUACAAUCUAAAGAAAAUGUAUAUUAUAGAUGAUCGGUUCUCAACUUGUACAUGAAGACAUUUUUUGAUAAAUGAAAAAAAAGUUAUGAAGUAGUUAUAAUGUAAU